AAACAAAGCGUAUAUAGUACGUAUACAGCGUGGCAUAACGCUCGAUGUGAUUUUUUCGACGAGCAAUAGCUUAUUUCGUGGCGAGUUCCCGUAAUCAAAUUUCCUAAAACACUUCCUUGACACUAAAAAUACGUGUCAAGGCGAAAAUCAAGUUUCGGUAAUUUAGUUGCAGUAGCUUUGAACGAUCGAAAGAAAUCGUCGUAUGAUUCACGAACCGAUUCGACGAUAAAGAUAGAACGCCAAUUUUUCAAAUUAGAUUUUUAAAAAGAUACGCGUUUACAGCAACUACGACCGAACUACUUAUUUACCAAAUCUAUUAACUUUACGAAACAAAAAGUCGAGAAAAUUGAUAAAAUUAUAUAACACAGACACUUAUCGAUUUUAUAUAGGCGUUAAAGGAUCGCUUCGUUAAAAAUUAGUUUCAAGAAUCGAUGUAGACAGAUAUAGUCAAUUAAACCGACACAAGUAUAUCAUAAAUGGUAAGACUCUUAAUGGAUACAGCGACUUCUGUGAUUCCAGUCACAUAACCAUCGUUGUAGGUGAAGGUAACUCGAUAUUUGUGUCUUUAGAUCGGCCAAUUAUUCCACGACACCGACGCUUAUUCCAGUAAAAUGUUCGUAGAAUGCCGGUGCAUAUAACGCUGGUGUAACGAUCGUGGCAUCGGUCACCGAUUGGCCGCACAUACGAAACAUUUCACCCCAAGGGUCAGUAGUAGUCGGUUGGUAGAACCAAAGUGGUGGUACUACGGGUACGUUUUAUACGUAGAACGUGAUGUUCGAGCAUUCAGUCUUUCGCUUUCUCUGCGUUCGCGAGUUGCUCGAUCGGCUUCCAUGCAUGCCUCCAUGCAUGGUCCACGAGGAUCGUGCCUUUUUCUCAACCUCACAGAAAAUACCUAGUCACGCGAUCGAUCGUUCGAACGAUUUUCGUAGAACGACAGUAGGAAUCGAUAGUCCGAAACUGGAGAGUGAGUAUCAAAGAAACGAUGAUUUAGCGAUGAUUUAGUGUCGUGGAAAUAAAAUAAAAUCUACAGAACCGUUGGACAAGUAAAGUUGAAUGGAACGAGUGCUGCAAACGGUAGUGUCAGAAACGAUGAUUUAUUUAGUGAACACUUUUACGUUUAUACGAUUAUUGUUUACGUUUCGUGAAAGUAACAUGAUACUUUUUUCAAUUUUUGAGUCUUGAUUAGGCGUCGUUAAACGAACGCGAGAACACGAGAGCGACUUUUUUCAACCGCGUUUAAUUCUGUUCGUAGCGUUCCAUUCGACGAAGCAAAACGAACUUUGUUACUAUUUCCACCGACGUAUAAUACUUCCCUUGUACCAAAAAUACCAAUCGUUACGAGCGAAUGACGAGAUCCGUAAAAGGAAAAGAAAGUGUAUCGCGACCCUGACUAGAAAUGUACGAUCGUUAACGAGCGACAGGUUGCCCGUGAAUAGCGAUGUCACUGGUCUGCAUCGUUAAAAAAAAAGAAAGUUAUGCAAACGCGAGAUUGCUUGGAAUCGUUUCGCAGCAUGCGUUGUAGUUGUUUCUCGUCGAGUACUAUAUCGACGACUGACAUUCGGAAUGACGAGUUUCGUGCCGGUGAAUAUAAGCCUCGUUAACAUAUAAGUGAGAAACCGUGUUUCGAAGUUUCAGCUUUAUUGUCUCGCGAUGAUACAAAGCGUCACGAGCAGCGGUGCAUAGAGCGAUUAAAAAAUAGUGGACACGUAAGUCGAAUCAUCGAAAAAGUGUUUUUCACGCAGGUGUAAAGUUUUAGGAGUUAAUUUUACUUCCUUUAUCGCUGUGUAUACAGAAAAAUAUGUCUUUGCUCGUCUUUGCGACAAGUCUUUAUAGGAAAUAAAUCACAAAGAACUCGCUGACACAAAAUUCUCUUCUUCCUCAGGAAGCUUACUCUUGUCAGCGAAUUUUAACAUAUAAUUAAAUCAAAGAUCAGGUUUUCUCAAGCAUACGUAUUAAGAAAACGUUGGUCUGUCAUUCACGAAUCGAACGAUUCUUUCAAUUCGUCGUGAAGAAUUUACUUUCCACGACUUGCAACGGAGCUUUGUAUAAUAACAGAGCUCGAUGACAUCGUUCGAUUUUAUUAUUACAGAAGCAGACUUUCCACAGCACGAUCUCUCUUCUUUCUUCAAGAAUGUUCAGAAUCUUCGACGUGUAACGAAAAAUUGAAGAAGAAGCAAGAAGCGAGAAAGAAUCGAAACUCGAAUGCUUCGUUCGAAGCGUAGCUAUAAUCAGGAAAAUUUGGCGAAAAAAAAGUUGAUAAAAAAACGGCAGAAAAAUGAGUAUCGUGACAGCAGCCACGUUGGCGAUAAAGGGUGCCACUGUUCUACUUGGAAAGGUGGCGAUAAUUCCUAUUAUCAUAGCGGCUCUAGCAUACUACAAUUACGAUCUGAUGGAUCCUGAGAAUUAUCCUAAAGUGACGAAGAAUUUAAGAAAAGAAUACGAUUUUGUGGUGGUGGGAGGUGGAUCGGCCGGAAGCGUGGUUGUGAACAGACUUACAGAAAAUCCUAAGUGGAAUGUGCUGUUGUUAGAGGCUGGAGGACACGAAACCGAGAUAACAGACGUCCCUAUACUAUCCCUUUAUUUGCACAAGAGCAAAGUGGAUUGGAAAUACAGGACACAGCCGCAAGAUUCCGCUUGCCAAGCGAUGAUCGAUCGACGAUGCUGUUGGACCAGAGGAAAGGUUCUGGGUGGCUCGAGCGUGCUUAACACGAUGCUCUACAUUCGAGGAAAUCGACGAGAUUUCGAUCAGUGGGAAAGUUUCGGAAACCCUGGGUGGGGUUACGAGGAUGUUCUGCCUUAUUUCAAAAAAUCUCAAGAUCAAAGAAAUCCCUAUUUAGCUCGCAACACUAGAUACCAUAGCACUGGAGGGUACCUGACGAUUCAGGACUCACCCUACAACACACCUCUAGGAGUGGCCUUCCUGCAGGCCGGCGAAGAGAUGGGCUACGACAUAGUAGACGUAAAUGGAGAGCAACAGACGGGCUUUGCUUUCUACCAAUAUACCAUGCGAAGAGGGACGAGAUGUAGCGCCGCGAAAGCAUUCGUCAGACCCAUUCAGCUACGAAAAAACUUUCAUCUAUCCCUGUGGAGCCACGUAACCAAGGUCCUGAUCGAUCCACGAACGAAAAAAGCCUACGGUGUCGAGUUCAUCAGAGAAGGCCGGAAAGAGGUAGUCUACGCCAGGAAGGAGGUGAUUCUUUCGGCGGGUGCCAUAAAUUCCCCUCAGCUGUUAAUGCUCUCGGGAAUUGGACCUAGACAACACCUGGAAGAAGUAGGAAUUACGGUGAUCCACGAUUCACCUGGAGUCGGACAGAACCUGCAGGAUCACAUCGCGGUGGGUGGUCUAGCUUUCUUGAUCGAUUACCCGAUCAGUACCGUGAUGACUCGCCUGGUGAACCUUAAUUCCGCUCUACGGUACGCCAUCACGGAAGACGGACCGUUAACCGCGAACGUAGGCUUAGAAUCCGUAGGCUUUAUCUCGACGAAAUACGCAAAUCAGAGCGACGAUUGGCCCGACAUAGAAUUCAUGCUGACCUCUUCCUCCACUAGCUCCGACGGAGGCACGCACGUGAAAAAUGCUCACGGACUCACGGACGAUUUUUACAACAAAGUAUUCCAGAACAUUAAUUACCGCGACCUGUUCGGGGUGUUCCCCAUGCUUCUCAGGCCUAAAUCUCGCGGUUUCGUGAAAUUAAAGUCGAAAAACCCUCUGGAUUAUCCCCUGAUGUACCACAAUUAUUUGACCGACCCUUACGACGUGAAUGUCCUGAGAGAAGGCGUGAAGGCUGCGAUAGCUUUCGGAGAGACGAGUAGCAUGAAAAGAUUCGGUGCCAGAUUCCACAGUCGCGCUCUACCCAACUGUAAUCACAUACCUUUGUUCACCGACGAAUACUGGAACUGUGCCAUACGACAAUACACUAUGACGAUCUAUCAUAUGAGCUGUACAGCGAAAAUGGGUCCACCGACCGACCGCAUGGCCGUCGUCGACCCCGAACUCAGAGUCUACGGUGUGACCGGGUUGAGGGUAAUCGACGCGUCCAUUAUGCCGACGAUCACCAACGGGAACAUAAACGCACCGGUGAUCAUGAUCGGAGAGAAAGGCGCGGAUUUAGUCAAGAGGCAAUGGCUAUCACGGUGGAAGAGGGACAACGCCACGAUCGUCGCAACGUGACUGGAAGAAUUCUUGCCGAGAAAUCAGCUUGUUCCGUCGAUCGCCGAGUGGAUGUACUUGCCGCGUUAUUUCGUAAAUAACAAAUAAGGGAAAAGGGACUAGUGUCCAGAUCGAUGUAGAUCCGCAUAAUGGAAAUACCGUUCUCCGUCGAUACGGGCGUUUGAUUAGGCUUUUAAUUUAACGAUACGGGGGAACGCAAGGAGCUGUGAUCGUUUAAUUGUCGUUAAGUUCGUUUAUAAGUUAUUUGUAAGUAAUUUAUCGAUCGAGGACUCGAUGACGUUAAAAGAAAUGCGUAUUUUAUAUUUUUUUCACACGACUAAAGGAUAGGAAAUGUAUAAUGUUAUAAUGUAUGAUCGAGUCGUUUCGUAGUUACCUAUACUGCUAACGACGUAGACGUAUCCGAUGUGAACCUUUAAAAUCUGAAAGUGAGAAACAAAUUCGUUUUCUGUUACCCAAAAAGGAACAUAUAUGAAACAGAUUUUCUAAAAUAUCAAUCCUAUUCUAAAAUACAGUUAAACGUUCUGAAAAAACUUUUCGAUAAGCGUCCGCUUCUCGGAAAUUUAUGGUUUACCGAUGUCUUUUUCAAUCCUCUCACUUUCUUCUCUUGGGUCAGAUUGAAAGUUGGCAGAAAAAAAGAAAAAAAAAAAAAGAAAAAAAUAAAAAGAUACUAGAAGUAAAUUCCGUAUAACUAGAACGACAUUGCUCAAGUCUAUGCUAUUAAGAAUCAACUAUUUUUUUAAUAUCUUUUUCUUACUUUUAUAUCGAACAACUGUUCGCGUUUAACUGUUUUACCACUAGAAAAAUGACCGAUGAUUAGAGAAAGACGAAGAUAAAGCAUGUGACAGCUUUGGCAAACUCGUUUUAAUUUUUAAAAUUCCCGUAUUACAACAUAAUCGGUAAGCAGCAUUUACACAUACUCGAUCACCCAAUGAACUACUUACUUAUGCAACAUGAUGUAUGACCCGCCCCUUUAUACAGGGUGUGGUGAUAUUACUCCGGGUUUAAUCGAGAAGCUAUAAAGUCGUGAACGAACGUCGGUCAACGUAAGCAAGAAUCAACGAUCUGCUGCACAUGCAUAUUGAUUACGUCUGCUUUAACCAAUUUGAGUAUAGGUCGAUGUAGUUUCGUAUAUUUCAAUGAUAAUUGAAAUCAAGUGGAUCGAUGUUAAAUCAUGAUGCCUAGAAUAUAGAUUUAACGAAUUAAAUAAAUAAGGUAUUCAGUACAGAAAACGAUACGAGCUCUACGUGAAUACGUGUUACCAACAAUCUAUUACAUAAUAUUGUGAUCUACUUUCGACUCGAAUAACUAUGAUGCGAAUAAUGCGAAACGCGAGUACGUUUUAUUUCACUUUUAAAUGCCGAAGGUUCUGCUUCUGGAAAGAUAUCGUAAGAAGCAAGCGAGGUAUCUGAAGGAAACUUCUAAGUAGGUUUGUAAAAUCGAGACUAACUAUUUAAUUUGUUACAGAUGGUAUACAUAUGUAGAAAGUAAUAGAUAAAUGCUAAUUCGAAUAAUUUAUACGUAGCAACAACAUUCGUAACUUAUUUGUAAAUUAAAGAAAUGAAUGCGCUACCUGUGACCAAAUAAUAUUUAUUUUCCUAUAUCAUGAUAUAAAUGUCGUUACCAUUAGAACUUGUUGAUUUUGUAAAUAAUUAAUACCGUUAUUUAUUAAUAUCGUCAAGUUCGUCGUAUACAAUAUGUAUAUAUUUUAGUCGUUAUCGAUGUUCCGAAAGCUCGAAAACUAGAAUAAUAGUAGUAGUAGAAAUAGUGGGAAUAUUUAAGUUAUGUUAAGUCGAUCAAUUAUAGUUAAUUAAUGGCUACAAAGGGUAGCCACCCUUAGUUUCCAAUGAAGCACUUUUUUUAUCAGAAUCUACGUAUCAUUCUCAUAACAUCAAAUUUCUGUAACGACACGAGAGUAUCUACUACCAAAUUAUACGAAAGUUAAUAUACUUGGACCUGAUUAAUCAGCAUGUCAAUUCUAUAGUACUUUUGAUAGCCACUGUAGCAUUAAGUAGGGUUUUUUGAACGUUGGUCUUUUCGCAAAAUUUACCGAGCCUGGCAAUUUCAAAGGUAAAUUAUAAUUUAUUGUAUCAAACAAUGUAAAUGAAAUAAAUAUAGACGCGAAACAAA